UUCUCCCGGGGCCAGGAGCAGCACUGGUGGAUUGGCCUGCACACCUCCGAGAGCGAUGGGCGCUUCAGGUGGACUGAUGGUUCCGUUAUAAAUUUCAUCUCCUGGGCGCCAGGCAAGCCUCGUCCUCUCGGCAGGGACAAGAAGUGCGUGUACAUGACGGCCAGCCGAGAGGACUGGGGCGACCAGCGGUGCCCAACGGCCUUGCCCUACAUCUGCAAACGCAGCAACAGCAGCAAAGAGACGCAGCCCCCAGACCUGCCGCCCACACCCCUGGGUGGCUGCCCCCCGGGCUGGAGUCAGUUCCUCAAUAAGUGCUUCCAGAUCCAGGGCCAGGACCCCCAGAGCCGGGUGAAGUGGUCGGAGGCCCAAUUCUCCUGCGAGCAGCAGGAGGCCCAGCUGGCCACCAUCGCAGAACCCCUGGAGCAAGGUAGGACCAGCUGUGCGGUGGUCCUGCACAGCCCCUCGGCCCACCUCACCGGCCGCUGGGACGACCGGAGCUGCACGGAGGAGGCACAUGGCUUCAUCUGUCAGAAGGGCACAGACCCCUCCCUGAGCCCAGCCCCAGCAGCAGCACCCCCCGCCCCGGGCGCUGAGCUCUCCUACCUCAACGACACCUUCCGGCUGCUGCAGAAGCCACUGCGCUGGCACGACGCCCUCCUGCUGUGCGAGAGCCGCAACGCCAGCCUGGCCCGCGUGCCCGGGCCCUACACGCAGGCCUUCCUCACACAGGCCGCGCGGGGGCUGCGCACGCCGCUCUGGAUCGGGCUGGCCAGCGAGGAGGGCUCCCGGCGGUACUCCUGGGUCUCCGAAGAGCCACUGAGCUACACGAGCUGGCAGGACGGGGAGCCCCAGCAGCCGGGGGGCUGCGCCUACGUGGAUGUGGACGGGGCCUGGCGCACUGCCCGCUGUGACACCAAGCUGCAGGGGGCUGUGUGCGGGGCCGACGGUGGGCUCCCUCCCUCCCGGGGGAGCCGCUACCCGGGCAGCUGUCCCCAGGGGCUGGCCGACUCAGCGUGGGUCCCCUUCCGCGAGCACUGCUACUCAUUCCACA